AUGCCCGUCUCUUGUGUCACAAAACAAGUAAAUAUGCUUCAUCAAAAAAGGAUGCGGGAUUCUCAGAAAGUCCUCAUUCCUUUGAGUAUUGUGAUGAUCUUCUCAGGAAUCAUGGCUUUUACUGGUGCUCCGAGUAGUAUCUGGGGACCGAAUUCGCCAAUAUUUACCACAACAAGACAUCAUUCGACUGGAGAGCAUAUUUUGAGUUGGCGCAUCAAGACCGCGCCUCUGUGGGUUUAUCAAGGCCUGCAUGCCCUUCCCGCUCUCAUAUGGUGUCUCCUCAUGCCUCUACAGCACGUCGAUAGAUUCCGUCGGCACUGGCCCGCAUUUCAUCGAAACAAUGGCUACAUUGUGCUGUGCGGCUUCUUAGUGUUGAGCAUCACUGGAUACUGGAUGCUCAAUAAGAAGGUGGCACAUACACAUGACGACAUAUGGCACAUCCAUAACUUCUCUGGCCUCAUACCCCUUGGCUGGCCAACUUUCGAGCUGACACUGUUGGCCCUGGAACCCUUGUAUAUUUACACCCUGCUCCGGACAGUCCAAACGGCAAGGGCGAGGAAUUUCAACACGCACGGAACAUGGGCCGUUCUACAUACGAUGGUUGCCUAUACUAUUGCUGUGGAACGUGUCAGUCUGUUGAUCUCGUAUGUCUUGGGGUUAGCACUGAAUUUCUUCCCGAAAAAGGAAGUAUACAAUUUCUUCCGCUUAGAAGAUACUCUUGAUGCCAAAGCAACGGCUGAAAUGGAUCUGCUGGCACUGAUGAACUUGGUGGCAUUUGCCCUUGUUGUUUGUUGGGGUAUACAGGAAUGGCGCAAAACGGGAUCAUCAGUGAAGACAACAGAAUUCAGCCCUGCUCUGAAAGACAGGGCCAAGCAGAGCUGA